GAGUUAGGACGUUAGAGGCUUAACUUUUUCCCGUGGCUUUGGGCUUAAUUUGGGUUCAUUUGUAAUUUUCUAGGUUCAACGAAAAAUAAAAAUAAAAAUAAAUCCCGCGAUUAUAUUAGUAGGUUGUUCUCAGAAAAUUUAAAAAAAAGCGCGUGCUUGGAGUGGCUUAUUCUGAUUGUGAGUGCUGAAAAACUCAGAUAGAGAUUCUUCAUUCUUCAAAGAGAGCAAGCUCAUAAAGAUGUCUGUAAUUCCGCCUUCUACUCCAAGGAGAUUCGAAGCAACACAUGUCGCUCCAAGGAAGCCUCAAGUUCUGCUUGCUGCUUGCGGAUGUGUAGCUGCUGUAAAAUUUGAAGUCCUUUGCAAAUGUUUCUCACAGUGGGCGGAAGUAAGGGCAGUUGUCACGAAAGCCUCUCAGAAAUUUGUUACUGAAUUUCCCAAAGCUGUGCCUGUAUAUACUGAUGAGUAUGAAUUGCUUAGUUGGAGAAGAUUGGGUGAUCCAGUUCUUCAUAUUGAUCUUGCUAACUGGGCUGAAAUCAUGGUCAUUGCCCCAUUAUCAGCAGACACUCUUGCUAAGAUUGCUGGAGGGUUCAGUGACAAUUUGCUCACAUGUGUUGUAAGAGCUUGGGACUACAGCAAGCCACUCUUUGUUGCACCAUCCAUGGGAACUUCAACAUGGAAAAACCCUUUCACUGAUCAGCAUCUCGCUGCCAUUAAUGACCUUGGAAUGAAUGUCAUCCUCCCACAGAAGACAGCUUCGGGGCAUACCACCGGAGCCAUGGAUGAGCCUGAAAGUAUCUACUACAAUGUGAGGUUCUACUAUAAUGCAAAGAUGCAGAAGAAACCGGGGUAGGUUUGGCAUUUAUGUUGAGAAAUGCGGGUGUAAAUAUGGGAUAUUUUGCUUAUCAUUUCCAGGGUUGAUUCUUAUGGCCUCUUGAUCUUGUGUUGUUGCAUCAUUCUUUCUAUCAAUUUUUGUGUUAUCUCAUAUACAUACAUCAAGUGUGAUCAUAGUUGUUGUAUAUAGGGUUGGGACUCUGUAGUCUCUUCUGUUCCUGUUAGUGUAUAACUGUAUGUGUUUAGUUUGCAUCAUUAGGAAUGAAAUUGUAAAAUUCCUUUUGAUUCUUUGCAGUUCUAUAGAAUGACCUCAAAU